AUGGAUUUUUGGUAUGAAAAGAGCAAUUUUAAGACUUCAAUGGUUCCAUCAAGGCACAGGCCUAUGUAUAGUUCCACUGAAGGCCUCAUCCUUCCAAGUGUCGACGAUAAAUUUGUUGAAGCCGUAGAGCCAUUGCUAUUAGGCAACAAGAAACAAUGCAAGGCAAUGCCCAAGAAAGAUGAAAAUGGGAUAGACACAUAUGAUAACACCAACUACAGUGCACCAGUUCAUUCAAUUAUUGGAAUGGCCGGCUUUACUUUGGACAAGUUCCCUGCUGGUGCUGAUAGUUGGAGUUUGUCACGGAUCUCUGAAUUUGGAUACGUUAGAGUACAUGCAACAAAGGAAGAAUUGAAAUUUGAGUACCCCAACAUCGACAAGUUAGAGAAAUUGCCAGGUGGGGACCUGAAGCAGUGA